AUGUCCCCCAGCAAGAUCCCGGAUGAAGAGCUCAGAGAAGGCAGCGUCGAUGUCCUAACCGCCGAUGUCCCCAACCUAAAUGGUAACCAUGGCCUCCGCGGUCCCUCCACCAGCGAUGUGCUGGUUGUCGGCGCCGGCCCAGCCGGCUUGAUGCUUGCCGACAACCUUGCCCGUUUCGGCAUCAAGGUCGACAUCAUCGACAACAGGCCGAACCGCACUUUGACUGGCAGGGCCGACGGCCUCCAGCCCAAGUCGAUCGAAACCCUGCGCCAGAUGCGCCUUUCUGAUUCACUGCUGCGCAAGGGCGUCAAAGUUUUUGACAUCUGCUUCUGGAGGUCUGCCGUGAACGAGGAAAUGCGGAGGGCUGGACGGGAGGUGCAUUAUCCGCGCGAAACAGUUGACCUGCUGGACCCCUACAUCCUCCUUGUUCACCAGGGCAUGAUCGAGCAGCUGUUCAUCGACGACAUGGAAGAGCGGGGAGUUGCUGUCCGGAGAAACACGGCCUUCAUGGACUUUUCCUACACCGGCAAAACCGCCCCCAUCGAGGUUACCUGCAUGGUUGGAGUUCAGCAGCAGAAGAGCAAGGUGACCACCAGCUACGUUAUCGGGUGUGAUGGCGCCCACUCGCAGGUGCGCAAGUCGAUCCCUGGAGCGCAGCCGGUGGGAGCUUCAUCCGAUGCUAUUUGGGGAGUCUUGGACGGGCAGAUCGAGACCAACUUCCCAGACUUGUGGUCCAAGGCCGUCAUCUACUCCGAAGAGGCCGGCUCGGUCCUGAUCAUCCCCCGCGAACGGAACCUGACGAGGCUCUACAUCGAGCUCAAGCCCGAGUCCAGAGGAAGCGCGUCCAGGGACGAGCUUACGCAGGAGUUCGUCAUGCAUAGGGCGCAGGAGAUCAUGCACCCGUUCCACCUAAAGUGGAAGACGGUUGAGUGGUUUGGAAGAUACCAAGUCGGACAGAGAGUUGCAACCAGAUUCACCGACGAUAGGGGUCGCGUGUACAUCUGUGGAGACGCCAGCCACACGCAUUCUCCGAAGGCCGCACAGGGCAUGAACACUUCGAUGCACGAUGGAUGGAAUCUUGCAUGGAAGCUCAACCUGGCCGUGCGUAAGCUUGCGAAGCCCGAGCUGAUGGUGACGUAUGAGGACGAGCGGCGCAAGAUCGCGCAGGACUUGAUCAACUUCGACUACGAGCACGCCAACGCAUUCGCCGCGGGAAACUCGGAUGCCCUAGCGCGGAACUUUAUGCAAAACGUCAGGUUUAUUUCCGGCGUGGGGGUUGAGUACGGCCCCAACGUGCUCAAUGUGCCGACCAAGCACAUGGGCAACGGCGACCUGCGGCCAGGCUGCCUGCCGACGCCGGCCAAGGUGACGCGUUACGUGGACGCAAACCCGGUCGACAUCCAGUUGGACAUUCCGACGCUGGGCCAGUUCCGCGUCUACCUGUUUUGCAACGAUCCUUUGGCGAGCCGGGGUUUCAUGGACACCGUGUGCAAACAGGCCAACAAUGCAGGCCAGUCAUUCAUGGGCCGCAUGAGCGCCGCCGCAAACGCGUCCUACACGCUGCAGCCACCCGUCGCCGCACCUCACGACGAGUUUGUCUGCCCCGAACGCUACACCACCGUCUCCUGCCUCUUCACCUGGGCCCUCGUCGUCUCUGGCGCACUCAAAUCAUCCUUCGAGAUCCAGGACUUGCCGCACGCCUUGCGGGACUCUGCUUGGACCGUUUACCUCGACGAUAUCCCCCAUAUGGAUACGCGCGGCCGCAGCUGCACUGACAAGUGGCUCGGUGGCCUACAGGGUGCGGAGACCGCCGUCGUCAUCGUUCGCCCCGAUGGCUACAUUGGCACUCUGCGCAUCUGGCCCGAGGGUAGCAAAGAGUGUGGCCAGGAGGCAAUGAAGUGGAUGGAUGAUUACUUUGAUGGCUUCUUGUCGGAUGAUGUCGGGGCGCCAAAUUACUAG